AUGUCCACAAGAGCUUUCACUCAGAUUUUGACCAACCGAUCAAUAUCCAAGCAACUUUAUACCACCAAUAAGCGAUUCUUUCAAUCCACAACCAUCACCAAAAUGAGCACCGAAAAGCCAAAGCCAAUGAUUUUUGCCAUUAUGCGCAAUGGACAUGAAGUUAUCCGAGGGGAUUCUUUGGAUGUCAAAGAAAAGUUGGAGGCAGGAGAUGUCGACGCCGCCAAGAAGCUUUGGAGUGACAUGAGAAAAUGGGAGACCAUUCAUGCACAAAUGGAAGAGGGAAGCAGCAAAGGAGCAUCCACGCCCAAGGGUUUCUUUCAUAUUCUAGAUGAAAAGUGCGAAAAUAUUGCUACGGAAAAGGGUCUCUUCUCGGCGCAUGAAGAACUGGAAUCCAAGGCUGCCGAAGUGGAGACUUUGUUGGGAGAAAAUGAUCCCGACAAGGCAUUGGCAGCUUUUAAUGAAUUUGCCAAAUUUAAUGAAGAUCACUUGAAGCAUGAAGAAGACAUCAUGAUGCCACAAGUUAUGAAGAUGACCAAGAGCGGAGUGCCCAUGAAGAAAGUCAUGAUGGAAGAGAUUCUUCCCAUGGUAGGUGAUGAAGAAGAGUUUUUCUUUUCCCAUGCCUGUUCCACUUUGGAAAAGCAUAGUGGUGACAUGCCAAGAGCUCGUGUCUUUGUCCAUGCCCUAUGGGCUGCCUCGACCCCUGACGAAUGGGCCAAACGUUCCGAAAUUGCCAAGGGUGCUCUCUCCGAACCUGCCUGGAGUGAAAUUGAAGGAUUGACUUCGUCAUAA